UUCACCACGCUACACCACCAAACCACAUUACUCUCCUAAACACCACACUUCACAUCCCACCGCCACAAUCACCACUUCCGCCUCCUUCCAACCUUCACAACCGCCAAAAUGGGUUUCACCGAUCUCGUUAGCGAUGCCGGCCUGACCGUGCUCAACAGCUUCCUGGUCACUCGAUCCUACAUCACCGGCUACAACGCCACCCAGGCCGACGUCGCCGUCUUCAAGGCCCUCUCUUCCGCCCCUGACGCCGCCAAGUACCCUCACGCCGCCCGGUGGUACAAGCACAUCGCCUCUUACGAGGACGAGUUCGCCACUCUCUCCGGCGAUGCCUCCAAGCCCUACACCACCUACGGCCCCGAGGUCGCCGAGGUUACCCUGAACCCUGCCAAGGCACCCGCUGCCGAGGACGACGAUGAUGUCGACCUGUUCGGCUCCGACGACGAGGAGGAGGAUGCCGAGGCCGCCCGUAUUCGCGAGGAGCGCCUGGCUGAGUACAAGAAGAAGAAGGAGGGCAAGACCAAGCCUGCCGCCAAGUCCGUUGUGACCUUGGACGUCAAGCCAUGGGAUGACGAGACCGACAUGAAGGCGCUUGAGGACUCCGUGCGCAGCAUCGAGCAGGACGGUCUGCUCUGGGGUGCCUCCAAGCUGGUCCCUGUCGGCUACGGUGUCAAGAAGCUCCAGAUCACCCUGGUCGUCGAGGACGAGAAGGUCUCCCUCGAUGAGCUCCAGGAGACAAUCCAGGAGUUCGAGGACUAUGUCCAGUCCUCCGACGUCCUUGCCAUGCAGAAGCUGUGAGCCGCUGGCUGUCGAACGGUGGCUCGGCGGACACGUCUCUCUCUCUCUUUCUCUUUCUCUCUAGUCAUAUCGCAAAUGUGGAUGAUACUUCUGGCGAUUGUGGGAAGAAAUCAUUCCUUGAUGAUGUCCAUGAGGAUAUCGUCUGUCCGGUCUACACUCUGCAUGGGAUAACCGAGGCCGCGCCUGGUAACAAAAAGAAUCAUGGGUGCGACGAGAUAGACAAGAAUAUCAUGGGAAAAAUUAUCUUCAUCCCCAAAAGAUCUUUCCCCCUGGCCCUUAUGCCGAUC